GAAACCGGAGGAACCCCAUUGUGGUGCAGCAGGGGAGAGAACACAAACACACACAGAGAGAGCCCGCGUCUCGGCGUAUCCCCGUGUCUCAGUAGCUCUCAGCGCCCCCCGUGUCUGUCUCCCCGUGUCUGUCUCUUCGUGUCUGUCUCCCCGUGUCUCAGUGUCCCCCGUGUCUGUCUCCCCGUGUUUGUGUCUCCGUGAGUUCCGCUUCAAGCCGCAGGCUUCGCGCUCGGCCCGGAUCUGAUACGGGACCCCCGACCCCGUCUCCUCCCUCUGACCCCCACGAACCCCUCCCUUCGUAGCCGCCCGCGCUGCCUCCGUGUGCUCGGCAUCGCUCAGGGCAGCAGCAGCAGCAGAGAGAGGGGGGGCUGAGGGUCGCUGUCGCUGUGCCCCCUGCUCCUGGGACCCCUGUCCCCAGAACCCUGCCUGCUCCUGGGACCCCUGGGACCGUUGUUCUCGACUUGCCGGGACCCCUCCUGGUACCUCCUGGGACCUCUCCUGGGACCCCUGCACCCCCCCGAUUGGCGAUGGGACCCCAGGGCCGGGUGACGGGGAUCACUGUGCGAGACGUGAGGUUCCCCACGUCCCUGGAGCAGCACGGCUCUGACGCCAUGGCGUUUCACUCGGAGACCUGGGUGGGAGCAGUGGCACAGUGAUCGCGCACCAUACCAUCAACCAAGAAUAUGAUUACCAUCAACCAAGAAUAUGAAUACCAUCAACCUUGUCGCCCGAGUUGGAUUCCCGGCAAUGGCUGUAGCGUUCUUAGCAUCGCUCCUGGGACGCCCUUUUCUCAGCGAGUAACGCCACAGGCCCGGCCUGGGAUGGGCCUUCUUCAUCUAAGUAGUCGGCUGUUCAUUAUGAUUAGCAUCGUUACGUUAACUUCAUUGAGAUUUCGGAGACAUGAUCUCUCCAGAUUUUGGCUCGAGGUGGUGGAUGUUAUCAUGCGAUCAAAUAUGGUGGCGCCCUUGCGCAAAUGCACAUGAAAAGUUCAGUGACACAUUGAUGUUUUCUGCUGAGGAUGUAAAGACAAGUAAAAGGUUUUGCAGUGCGAAGUUACAGUGUGGUGAUAACUGCGCGUAAUGUUCACAAACAUUGCUGCAAUGAGUAUUUGAGAUGUGUGGCCAGUUUAUACAUACGUGCUUGUAAGUGUAUUUGCGUGUUGUAUGUGGGGACUGGUAUGUUAGUGACAAUUAUCUGACUCGGCCUUUAAUAAAUACAUCAGCACUAUGGAGACAAACGCGGUGAUGCUAGCCACACCACCCUCUCGUGCGCCGUGACGGCCUCAUAGGUGCAUGCUGGAUGCACUCAUAAGUGCAUGCUGGAUGCACUCAUAAGUGCAUGCUGGAUGCACUCAUAGGUGCAUGCUGGAUGCACUCAUAGGUGCAUGCUGGAUGCACUGCACUGCUCUGAAUCGGCUACACGGAGGAGCUUUGUCUCUGUGUGUGCAGCACCGUGACCCCGACUAUUCGGCUGCUUACGUGGAGGUCCGCACGGACGCAUGCGGAGGCCUCUCCGGGUUUGGCCUCACCUUCACCCUGGGCAGGGGCAACGAGAUCGUCGUGUGCGCCGUGCAUGCCAUAUCAGACCUCGUCGUGGGCGAGCAACUUGAGCGAAUCUUCGAAGACUUUGGCUCCUUCUACCAUCGCCUCGCCAACGACGGGCAGCUGCGCUGGGUGGGCCCGGAGAAAGGCGUCAUCCACCUGGCGAUGGCGGCCGUGCUCAACGCGCUCUGGGACCUGUGGGCCCGGCUCGAGGGCAAGCCGCUGUGGAAGCUGCUGAGUGACAUGGAGCCCGAACAGCUGGUGUCCUGCAUCGACUUUAGCUACAUCACGGACGCGCUGACACGCGCCGAGGCGCUAGAAAUCCUGCGCAAGGGAAGUGUCGGCAGGGAGGCGCGGGAAAGCCAGCUGAUGGAAUCAGGAUUCCCGGCAUACACCACGUCCUGUGCGUGGCUUGGCUACCCAGACGCCGAACUCAGACAGCGGUGCACCGAGGCCCUGCAGGAUGGCUGGACAAGGUUCAAGGUGAAGGUGGGGAGCUCGUUGGAGGACGACGAGCGGCGUUGCCGCAUCAUCCGUGACGUCAUUGGGCCCGACCGUACCCUGAUGCUGGACGCGAACCAGCGCUGGGACGUGCUGGAGGCCGUGGAGUGGAUGCAGAAGCUCGCGAGGUUCCGGCCCCUCUGGAUCGAGGAGCCCACAUCUCCCGACGACGUGCUGGGUCACAAACACAUCUCGCAGGCGCUGUCUGCGCUGGGGAUUGGUGUGGCGACGGGUGAGCAGUGCCAGAACCGCGUCGUCUUCAAGCAGCUUCUGCAGGCGAAGGCGCUACAGUUCUGCCAGGUGGAUACGUGUCGCCUGGGCGGCAUUCCGGAGAUCCUCGCCGUGCUGCUCAUGGCCCGCAAGUUCCAAGUGCCCGUGUGUCCGCAUGCGGGAGGCGUGGGGCUGUGUGAGCUUGCGCAGCACAUCAGCAUGUUCGACUUCCUCUCCGUGUCCACGUCGCUGGAGAACAGGGUGUGCGAGUACGUGGAUCACCUGCACGAGCACUUUGUGUUUCCUGUGCGCAUCCACAAGGCCGCCUACAUGCCCCCCAUGGAGCCAGGCUACUCGACGGAGAUGCGGAAAGACUCUCUUCAAGAUUUUGAGUUCCCGGGCGGACGCGUGUGGCGGGAGCUCGCCAGCUCAGGGAAACAUGCGGUGGCAGUGGCGGUGACGGAGGGAGGCUCGUAGAGACGACAUCGCGGACAUCACCAACAUCGCAGAGCCAAACCGAAGCGACUACCCCUUCUGUGUGGCGCUUCUGCAAACAAAUAUUUCUGCUACCGGCACUCCACACCCAGUGUACCACUCACUAUGGCUGUGGCUUCUAAUCAUGUGCCUGCUCCAAUAUGACAGCAACCCACAAAAAUGUUCAGGAAAAAUGGAUCAGUGAUUCUAACCAUUUAAUCAGCGGUGUCAUUGGGUAGCCCAGCACGAGUCUGCUUCGGAGCCGGUAUUCGGUCUCUGGUUUUCAAUCCCAGUUUUGAUAUUUGGUCUGUGGUCUUAUUUGGUAUCUGACGUUUGGGGAGACCUUCAUCUAGCCGUGGACAGAUCAUGUUUGCUGCUGAUGACGAUCAUGAUGAUUUAAUCUAUGCUCACAAUAUUCAGUUUGCGGUAUUUGGAAUUCUGUCUCCGCUAUUCGGCCUCUGUGAAUUGACUGACCAAUUCACUUUGUGUAUAACGACCAUGGGUGGUUUGUGUUAGAGUUGCCAGGUUCUAGAGACUGAGGAGGGAAGGACGAGUUAUGGUGGGUUGAGUGCAGGGAGCAGGAUGGUCCCGUUAUGAAGUAGUCUAGGAUCUAACUUCGUCAUUAUCAUCACUGUCAUCAAAUCAUUAUCGAGUUUAUUCCUGUGCAUCGCAGCCAUGCUACUGGUCAGAGUUAAACUUAGAGCGAUGAGGUGUGCUGGAGAGCCGCUUGUGAUGGGAGAGCAUCGUUGAGUUGACGCCGUUUCCGAGGGGCAUGAGAAUACCGCCCACCGCGAGGCAUAGAGAGGAGAGCAGAUCGCUGGGUUGGGAAUGAGGUUUAGGCAAGACGAGAGGGUUCUGCUGUCCUUGGGGACUCUGGCCCUGGGAAGCAAUGAUGAUAUUAUUUUUAGAUCGCAUGAAGAACAAUGAAAAUAUAAAUUGUAGAAGAUGAAUAAUUCAAUUUUCCAGCCGUAGCUGGGGUUGCAAUGUUCCACGUCCCCCUCCUAAGGUUUAUUAAUUUACGCGAUUCCUCUUGAAUAAAUGCGCUGAGUGGGGGCCGCACUUUCUCAUUACGCCGCCACAAUGGCUCCCGGACGUGGCAUUUAUCGAGCAGAGUAGGCGCGCAAAACGCCGCUCCGCUCCACUCCACCGACGGUGACAAUCACUGCACCCGGUGAUUAAUGGAUGGAUGCCGUUCUGAAUUGACGGUCACUAUCUGGCAAGUAGCUGCCACUUUGUGGCCUAUACCACCGAAUUGGACAGGAACCUGUGGUCAUUCGCUUGAGUUGGUAAUUUUCGUUUAGGUCUCGUUUGAAAAAAGAUGUAUUUUUGCACUCUGACCUGGUUUUGAUUAAAAUAUAUUGAUUGUU